AUGACGGCACUAAUUGACCGUGUCACGAACCGCUUCUGGCCCGCAGCUCAGGAAGCGCCAUCAUGGGACUUCUCCAUGGACGUGAAUCCUCCGCGAGAGCCACCUAACAAACCACCAAAGACUGUGACCACUGCUCCCGCCGAUGGCGACUCCUUAGACGACGACGACAGCAUAGCUGAGAUCGCCAACACGAGCUUUUGGAAUCGAAACUUGGAUGGCUUUUCCGGCUCUCCAACGCGUAGUGGACGCAGAUCAGUGAACCACCAGCAUUCACGUUGUGAAGGCAUGUUCGGGAAGCUGUCAGGACACUCUGGUGAUCUGCUCGGGAGGAAGAGGGAGCUCCCUGCAGACCACACCUCCGCCCGAGACAACCUACGAAAGGCAAAGAGGGCAAGGCUCGAUGGAGGAGUGGGAGAGGAGAAAAAGCGGGAGAUCGACGGAUGGGUGGGCGGCAUGCUACGUGGUGUGAGAUCUGACGGCGCCUCGAGGAACGGCACGUCGUUGGACCGUGCCAAGGCUUCGACGAAGUCGCUCAAUGAGGCCAUCUCUCCUCCACAUCUGAGCACGACGUUCGUAAGGGGUCAUGCACAGCCGAACAUGCCAGCAAGGACACCCAGCGGUGGAGAUCUCGAUCGCAGCGAUGGACUGGGCAGGCCAUCCAACACGGCAAAGACCCAUCAGCCUUCAUUGCAGACUCGAGAAACAUCGGCGCAGAAAUCAACAUCCAGAAGCAGCCUCUUCAAUGCCUCUCCAGUGACACCGACACCGGCUAGGAAGCCGGAGCAGAGAUCUAUGGCGCUCCCACCACCUCGUCGCCCGAGCCUCCUGCCGCCGGCGGAGAUUACCCCUGGAGCGGCAAGAGCGGCUCCUACACCUCUCUCGGCUUUCAAGCAAGGUGCUAUUACCAAGCCUACCUCCUUACAUUCAUCAUCUCGACCAUUACCGGCCAUGAAACAGCCAACAAUCAUUCCGCCCACGACGAACCACAACACGACGUCAAAGCUGGCCCCACCAUCCCAAUCUUCCCGUCCACCCCCAACAUGGACCCUCCUGCCCCCGACCGAGCCCACUCCCUCCCACGCAGACGGCACAAUCACACGACCCUGCUUCAUCGACGACGACUCCGACUCCGACUCCGACAACGAGGAAAAGCCGUCCUCUCCCCUCUUCAUGCCCACGCAACCAGAGAUUAAAGUCGAGAGAGAAGCUACCGCCGCCCCUCGACCUCGGAAUCUCGGUCUGCCAGCUGACGCUGAUGCUGAUGAGAAGGCGGCGUUGCAGGCGAAGAGUGAGAGGUUGAGGCUGGAGGCGAGGAGGAGGAGGGAUGGGGAGAGGGAGGGUGGUCCCGGCCAUAAGAUUGAUGUGAAUACCAAGGCCGUUGUUGCGAAGAAAUACGGUGAAGCGCCGUCGAAGUCAAAGACGGAGGCGUCGGGGUUGAAUCAUCGGCCAGUCGACAAUACGCAGAUCAGCUCCAAGCUGCCGAUUUCGACGAGCAAUGACACAGCGCAGCCAAAACCAAAGGCGGACGUUGACCAUCUUGCUACUGCCACCCUCGAUAAGCUAGCCCAGAGAGUCAUGCAGCAGAACAGGCGACCCGCUGCUGGCCAUGGCAGACCUGGGGUCAUGCCACAGCCUGGUGCCGCACCACGUCCUUCAGUCACGCAAGGGCAUGCUCCAGUUGCAAAGCCUGCUCCAGUGCAAUUAAAGCCACAACAGGUCCAGCAACACGCGGCUCAGCAGUCGCAGCUGAGCAACCUGCUUGGCGAUAUUACAGGCACGAGUAUACAGGCACAGCGAAAGCAACCGCCGGUCCAAAAGCCGCGGCUGGGCGGCCAGCUCGGCGAAAUUAGAACAACGCCCACUGAAGCACAGUCCAGGCAAGCAUCAGCGCAGCCCUCGCAGCUAUCCACUCUGCUCGGUGACAUCGAAGGAUCGAGCAUCAGCGAUGCGCCAGCUCUCACCAAUGCAGGUGCGAUCGCGAAACAGCACGUUGGCAAGAUCUCACAGCAGCAUCCGCCAGCUCCAAAGCCACAUCCUACGCAGACGAAGCCGGUCGAGGAGAAGCGACUUCGGGAUGCUCAGCAUGGCCCACUAAAUCACCAGCCUAAGGUCCAGAUCGCAGUACCUGCCGAGUGGGAUCCAACUUCGACCUUGCAGGAACAACCUGAUCAACAGAAAGCAGAUCUGAAUGCCCAGAUCAACGCUAUCAAGGAGCGCACACGCACACGUGAGACCAAUCAGCAGCGGGAGGCUGAAGCGAAGGAAGCAGCCAACGAGUUAGUACGAGCCGCAGCAGACAAGGAAGCAGAAGACGCUGCCUUCCAAGAAGCAGAAAAUGCUCUCAAUGCCGCUGAAGUUGCUCGCGAGAGCGAACGUAUCAGGGGUGAGCAAUUGGCCAAGAAGCGUAAAGAACAGGAUGCUGCGAACGAAGCCCAAGCUCGCAGGCGAUACGAGGCGAAGGCGAGGGAGGAAGAAAGGCUCUGGGAGGCCCAACGGAAGGCGAAGAAAGUCGCCGAAGAGAGGAUGCGGAAAGCGAAGGAGGCGGCCACAAAGAAAGCUGCUGAGGACGAGAGACAAAACAGUGCUCUGUCGAAGUUGAUGAGUGCUGCGCCGCAGAGGCCUGCGAGUGCCGUGUCGCAGCAGAACAUUGGGAGACCGAUGACAAAAGGACCCGAUUCUGCGAAGAUAGAAGAUGCGCCUCAACAGAAACCAGCACCCAAGCCUGCCGAGCCGUCUCCAACUUCAGGCAAGUCCGAAGUAGAGCUCGCGCGACAGGCGCGGAUCCAACAGAAAGAAGAGCUGAAGGAAAAGCGACGUAAGCAAGAGGAGGAGGCUGCGAACGAAGAGCUGGUUGCUGAACCUUCACCACCGCCUGCUCCAUCUCUCUUCGUGCCGACUCGGAAGAAGGCUCAGGUGGCUGCUCGGGAGGAGUCUGUUGAUGCGAAGCCGGUUUCUGGAGCUUCGUCGUUCGCGGGAAGACCGGUGUCGUUGAAUAGCGCUGCUGGUGCUGCCCGUCUCGCCAAUGCCAAGAAGAGUCACGGAAGACAGCUUGGCCAGAUUUCGCCAAAAGAUGUCAGCCUCGUCAGGCUGCGACACGAGAAGGUCGAGUGGCCUGCCGUUAUGAGCUUCAUCAACCAGAAGUAUAACGACGGUCGGUGUGUGGACACACUGCGCAAGAGGGCCAGGCAGGUCAAAGAAGCAAUUGAUGCCGCUGGGACUGGGAUCACAAAAGCUCUGCUAGGCCGGGUCGAGGCUGGAGACUUCUACGCGCAGAAGGAGCUGAACAAGUUAGUUCAUGGUAAUGACCACGAUCCCGCAGCUGCCGGCCAAAGACCUCGCGACGCGAAUGGACAUUUCCUGCCCCGGUCAAAGGCGCCCACACUGUCUCCUCAGAAGGCUGCUUCUCCAAUCGCCAGCCCUUCUCCGCAGAAGGCUCGACAGCAUAGCACCGACGUUCAGACGCCAGAAGAGUCUGCAGAAGACCAAGACACCAUGCCGACUCAUCCGAUCCAGGGUGGUAAGGAACUCACCGCGAAGAUCCUGAUGCAAUGGUAUGACGAAAGCGAAGACCACCAUAAAGAAGAACUGGCGUGGGCGCGAGGAGAACGUGAGCCAUCGCCGUUCACUCCUCAGGACUAUAACUACUACGUCUACGGCGUCUGGCGACGGGAGAUUUCUGCAGAAGAGCUGGAAGAAGGUGACGAGCUCGAGGACAAGGAAUGGAUGGUCUGUGAUGAUGACUACGAAGACAAAGACUGGGCGAACCUUGCUGCCGGCCAGCAAUCUACUCGGUUCACGGACCCCAGAUCUGCGAUGUGCGACAUGACUCAGGGGAACAGCGUCACGAAUGAGUACGAUAAGCACGGCAUGCGUUGUUCGACGAUGAUCAUCAACGGUGGAGGAAUGGUCCAGGCUCGUGUCAUGCGGCAGGCGAAGAAUUACAGCGAUGGUAUUCCUCCGACGUCCAAGGAAGGCUGGCUCUCGCCAAUCGUCUGGAUCGUAAUGCAGCAGAUCAUCAAGCGCUCGGGUGCAGACGACAUGUUCGAAGUGUCCAAGGAAACCAACACGACUAGCGUCGCGUACGGCGAGAUCUUCUCGGUGUUGGAGAGGGCCAAUGUGCAGGCUGCAAAGAGGUUCGUCAAUCUCACUUUCACACCGCAGGACAAGAACCUCAACAGGCGGGAUGAGGAAAUCGCGGAUGAGGUGGACAGGCUGGUGAUGGCGCUGGAUGCGGACGAAGACGAGACUCUAGAUGAGACGUUCGAGUCGAAGGACGGUACUACGACGGUGAGGGUUUGGGUUGAGCAGAACCAGUUGAAGGGGCCGAGGAACUGUUAA